ACCAGACCACCACCACUCUCGCCUGCCUCUGACCACACCACCAAGAAACACCGCACGGCAAUGCCCAACCCAUCCUCAUCCCCGCCAGUACCGGCGCCCACCGCCGCCACUCGGCGCCGGCGCCGGCGGAGGCAGCUCCUCCCGUCGUCGACGUCCUCCUCCAACUCUACGGUCCCCACGUCCACCUCCGGCACCUCGGCGUCCUCGACCUCCUCGUCCUCGUCGUCCUCCGCCUCCUCCGGCCUCUCCUUCUCCUUCCCGUCCUUCUCGCCGGCGCCCUCGCCAUUCCACCACCGCUUCCUCUCCCCGCUGCGCGCUUCCGCGGUGCCCUUCUCCUGGGAGCACCGCCCGGGCAUCCCCAAGACCCCGGCGCGCCAGGCGGCGCGCGGCAAGGCCGCCGCGGCCAAGGCGGCGGCGGGGACGCUGCCGCUGCCCCUCCCGCCCUCUCUCCUCUCCAGCAAGGUCGGCGCCGCCGACGACCCCUUCUCCGCCUCCGACGGCUACCUCAUCGUCCCCGACGACGCGAAGGCGAGGAGGCGGCAGCGGCGGUCGCCGGCGCUGGCCGCCACCCUCACCGACUGGCUCGCCGUGCUGAGCAUCUACCGGUCGUGCACGCGGUCCCGCGACUGCCUCGCCGGCACGCCGCCGCCGCGCCCCCGCCCCCGCCCCCGCCCCCGCUCCCCGGCGAAGGCCGCCUGAUCGCGUUACAUAAUAAUAGUGAUUUCGCCUGGUAUCGCGCCUUGCGUUUGCGUCUGCGUCUGCGCCUGCGUGCGUGUGGUGUUGGCGCCGGUUAAGAAUGUGCUUAGGGUUAAUCGCACUUGGCUGACAGUGUAAUUAAGGUGGUUUGCCGUUCCCAACCAUGUGCGUGCGUUCUGCUCUGUUCGUUCCAGGCAAUAAUUGAUUAAUCCCGCACGAUUAGUGGCUUGAUGUGCCCGCAGCUGCUCUGCUGGUGGUAGUGCUGCUUUACAUGCUGGUGGAUGGUGAUGUUGAAGUCGAAAUGUCGAAUACAUGUGUCCCACCGUUAAUUAGGAUGUAAGCUUGGUCACUGAUUGGCAGUAAGCAACAGUUACCGCCAAGCAUGAAAAAGGCCAGAAUAAUGUGCCAUUUGUUUGUGACAAGAUGGAUAGGCUACUCUUGCCCUUCCUCAGACAA